CCUAUACAUCCGGCAAAAUAGAACUAAAAUUUUGUAGGACACGAUACGUGUAAGUUGACAAAACAAUAUUGUGUUUUGUUCGAUUAAGUGGAAUGUUGUCUUCAAUGUUUAUUAAAAAUAAUUCAUGGGCAUUUGUGUGAAAAAAAAUGAGAUCCUUUCAAGAGACGUCGAAUUGAACGUUUACGUAAAAAUUACAAUCGCGAAGGUGUCUGGAUUCGAGGCUUUGUAGAAAUACAUCUAUGUAUGUCUUGAAAAUUACCGGCAGUCAUUGCGAGAGUUUUGUGAUGAAGGGAUUGUCGCCCAAGGAGGGCAAAUUUUAAGAACGUUCACUUGAGCCGAGAAUGCCGGUGAAAGUUGACGUAGUACCACCACCGCCCGCAAACUCAAAGCAGCCGGGUGUCACAAAAUCUUUGCUCUAUAACGGUUCGCGAUUUCAGGGUUCUCAAAAGUCUAAAGGCAACAGCUACGACGUAGAAGUAGUUUUGCAGCACGUAGAUGAAGAAAAUAGCUAUUUAUGUGGCUAUUUAAAAAUUAAAGGUCUCACAGAGGAGUUUCCCACUUUAACUACAUUUUUCGAUGGUGAAAUUAUAUCAAAGAAAUAUCCAUUUUUAACUCGUAAAUGGGAUGCAGAUGAAGAUGUUGAUAGGAAACAUUGGAGCAAAUUUGAAUCAUUUCGUCAAUAUGCCAAGACAUUUAAUUCAGACACAUUUGAUUACGAGGCUUUGAAAGGAACUGACUUUGUUUUUAUGAGGUGGAAAGAACAUUUUUUGGUCCCUGACCAUACUAUUAAAGAUAUCAACGGUGCCUCAUUUGCAGGAUUUUACUAUAUUUGCUUCCAAAAAUCUGCUGCUACAAUCGAAGGCUUUUAUUAUCAUCGUAGUUCCGAGUGGUAGUAUUAUUUGAUAUAUUUAUGAUAUAUUUAUGAUAUAUUAUUUGAUAUAUUUAUAGAUAAAUAUAUUCUUAAAUUUUAUUUAUUAAAUAUCUUCAUAAUUUCAAAUAAUAUUUCAGUUUUAGUUAUAUGUAUUUUAUAUUAAGAAAUUAUAACUUUUGCAUGUUCAUAUUUGUAUAUUUAUAUUUUAUAAAAAUAAUAAUAGGGUUUUUAUCAUUUUAGGUAUCAAUCUUUAAAUUUAAAACAUGUCCCAGAACAUAGCAUACAAAUCUAUGAGUUCAGGUGAAAUCAAUGACUUUCACUCAGUUAUCUUUCGAAAUUUAUAUUUUGCCUAUCCUAGCAUACAGAUCUCAUAAAAAUCAACUUUUCAAGUAGUUUCAAUCAAUUUAAAUAAUCAACAAUUUUUAAAUUGUUUAUGUUAAAAGGUACUUGAAAGAAUAUACAUUAUCUAUCUUAAUAAAGUAUUUCUUAGAUUUUUUAAAAAUAGUCAUACUAAUGUAUAUGAUAUAUAAUAUAUAUUUACUUUAUAUAAACAUUAGAUUUUCGUAAAAGAAAAGUCAUAA